AAGAUAAAUAAAGACAUUAAAAAAAAAAAUUUAGAAUUGGACCUGUGCAGCCAGCCUGGGCCAGUGAGAGGGUGAAGACCCAGAGGGGGGCACCUGUUGCUGAGCCCCCCUCUCUCCCCAACCCCAGCCCCAAGGACGGGGCCCUUGGUGGCGAGCCCCCCUGUACCUGCUCUGUGCGGCUCUGACUGGGCCGGCCCCUCCCCGCCCCCACCGCCUCCAGGAUUAGCUUUAUGGGUUGAGUAUUUCUUAGGCGGGCCUCCUUCCUCUGCCAGUCCCUGCUUAUCAGAGCAUCUACAACCCCCACCUCAACCUUAUCACUCAGUCCAUCUCCUUAGACUGGAAGUCCCAAGGCUUCAGAGGCCAUUACCAUCCCACACAGCCCCAACCCCCAGCAAAGCAGAAAGUUGCCCUACAAGGUGACCCCCCUCCCCUUUCCCAGCUGGCAUCUCCCUACCACCUGGGUGAGAGCAUGGUUCCUCCUGGUCUCUGGCAUCCCCUCUCCCUUUCCUUAUUUGUUUUCCUUUCAAUUCCCCUUCUAUAAAGGUCACUUUGUCCAUCCUUCAAUCUUGUAGUAAAAGAAGAGGGGAGUCCCCUGCUCCUGAAGACCCCCCAAGGUCCUGUGUCCCCCCAAGUCUCUCACAUCUGUACAGACCGAAGAUUCAGAAGAAAAAGCAAGUUAUGGCGGAUGAUUUGGAGCUAAUUUUCCAGCUUUAAAGCCAGUCUAGUUUUGUUACUAGCCGUGGGCCAUCACCCUCCCUCUCUGUGCUCUGCCCUUCUCUUUAGAAAAUUAGGAGAGCCCUCAGCCUAUUCCCAGGUACCGCAUCUGUCUCUCGGGUGACUCGAAUUCAGUAACAAGCAUUUCCAAUCAGAAGAGAAAUAGAAACCACCCUAUUAGAAAAUAACACAAAAGGUGAUGUGUCCUCAGUCCUGCCUCAUCAUUCCCGAAGAGAGUCCCCAGAUUUCUCUGUCCACCACCUCGGCUCAGCUCCUGCUGUUCCAGUUCUGGGGUCUCCCCUGACUGGGGCUCCACAAAGCUGGGAAGGAAGAGAAGUUUCACUGAGGACGUGGCCUGGAAGCCUCCGGGAGGCUGGCUGCAACGUUGAGAACAGAGACAACCACAAAGACCGCAACACAGACAAGCAGCGCUCAGGGCUUGGAGCCCAUCUGCGGAAGGAGAACCAAUAGUCACUGAACUCUUAUGCUCAGGCUUUACAGACACAUGAGACAGUACAAUUAUUGGCCCCAUUCUACAGUUUGGAAGACUAAGGCCUGGGAAGCUCACUUAACUGAUCUGUAAGGGGCCAAGAGCCAGAGUUCAAACCAGGACCUGCCUGAUUGUCAAGCUGGAGGGCUUUUACUUUUCUACUUUCCUGUAUCCCAGUAAGUGCUCACCUUGCAUGUGGGGCCCACAUUCUGGGCUUCAUCCUUGCUCCCCCUCUACAUCCCACAGUCUCCUAGCCUUCCCCUGUCUCCCCUGCAGCCCCAGCCCACUGCUGAGAAGGAAGUUCCCUCCUCCACCUCCCCUCCCAGCUCUAGAGCAGGUUCUGUGCCCGGGGGCUCUCUAGAGAGAGCUCCUCCCCUCCAGGUAAAGCCACAUUCUCCUGGCAGGGCCCCCAGUCACCUCACUGCAUACACACACACUCCACCCACAAACUGCACGCUGUAUCCACAAGUCACACUGGAGAUACACUCACUCUCAGUCCCAACCCCAAACAGACCCCGCCUCCUCCUCUGUGGACUCCUAGACCGGCUCCUUUUACCACAUUCCCUAACCUGCCAGUGCCUGAAAGAAGACGAUAUGGGGUCUCCUCCACCUAAGGCAGAGGGGCCCAGGGUCCAACUCCAGAAACUUCUGGCCUCCUGGCUGUUCAGAGAGCAGGACUGGGAUCAGCAUCUGGACGAGGCCCACAUGCUGCAACAGAAGAGGAUCCGAGAGUCUCCACUGCUUCAGGCAGCCAAGGAAAAUGACCUGUGUGCCCUCAAGAAACUUCUGCUGGACCGAAGCUGUGAUUUCCGACAGAGAGGAGCCUUGGGGGAGACCGCGCUGCAUAUAGCGGCCCUCUAUGACAAUCUCGAGGCCGCCGUGGUGCUGAUAGAGGCUGCCCCGGAGCUGGUCAAGGAGCCCACCUUGUGUGAGCCAUUUGUAGGUCAGACCGCCCUGCACAUAGCCAUUGUGAACCAGAACGUGAACUUGGUGAGAGCCCUGCUUGCCCACGGGGCCAGCGUGUCUGCGAGAGCCACAGGCACGGCGUUCCGCCACAGCCCCCGCAACCUCAUCUACUUUGGGGAGCACCCCUUGUCCUUUGCUGCCUGCGUGGGCAGUGAGGAGAUGGUGAGGCUGCUCAUUGAGCAUGGAGCUGACAUCCGGGCCCAGGACUCCCUGGGAAACACCGUGUUGCACAUCCUCGUCCUGCAGCCCAACAAGACCUUUGCCUGCCAGAUGUACAACCUGCUGCUGUCCUAUGAUGGGCGCAGGGACCACCUGCAGUCCCUGGACCUCGUGCCCAAUCACCAGGGUCUCACCCCCUUCAAGCUGGCCGGAGUGGAGGGCAACACCGUGAUGUUUCAGCACCUGAUGCAGAAGCGGAAGCACAUCCAGUGGACCUACGGGCCGCUGACCUCCACUCUCUACGACCUCACCGAGAUCGACUCCUGGGGGGAGGACAUGUCCUUUCUAGAGCUGGUGAUUUCCUCCAAGAAGCGAGAGGCUCGCCAGAUCCUGGACCAGACCCCAGUGAAAGAGCUGGUGAGCCUCAAGUGGAAGAGAUACGGACAGCGGUACUUUCACAUUCUGGGUGCCUUGUACAUGCUCUAUAUGAUCUGUUUCACCGCCUGCUGCAUCUACCGCCCCCUCAAGUUCCGCUUGGGCAACCGCACAGAUCCCCGGGACAACACAGUCCUCCAGCAGAAACUGCUGCAGGAGGCCUAUGUGACUCAGCAGGAUAAGAUCCGUCUGGUGGGGGAACUGGUGACCAUCACGGGGGCUGUGAUCAUCCUGCUCCUGGAGAUCCCGGACAUCUUCAGGGUUGGUGCUUCUCGCUAUUUUGGACAGACUAUCCUCGGGGGACCGUUCCAUGUCAUCAUCAUCACCUAUGCCUGCAUGGUGCUGGUGACCAUGGUGAUGCGGCUCUCCAACAUGAACGGGGAGAUGGUGCCCAUGUCCAUUGCCCUGGUGCUGGGUUGGUGCAGUGUUAUGUACUUCGCUCGAGGAUUCCAGAUGCUUGGUCCCUUCACCAUCAUGAUACAGAAGAUGAUUUUUGGAGACUUAAUGCGGUUCUGCUGGCUGAUGGCUGUGGUUAUUCUGGGAUUUGCCUCAGCGUUCUAUGUCAUUUUCCAGACAGAGGACCCAUCCAACCUGGGGGAAUUCUAUGACUAUCCCAUGGCACUGUUCAGCACCUUUGAGCUUUUCCUCACCGUCAUUGAUGGGCCUGCCAACUAUGAAGUGAACUUGCCCUUCAUGUUUGGCAUUGUCUACUUUGCCUUCACCAUCAUUGCCACGCUGCUCAUGCUCAACCUGUUCAUCGCCAUGAUGGGUGAUACACACUGGCGGGUGGCCCAUGAGCGGGAUGAGCUCUGGAGGGCCCAGGUGGUGGCCACCACAGUGAUGCUGGAGCGGAAGCUGCCUCGCUUCCUGUGGCCUCGCUCUGGGAUCUGCGGGUGCCAGUAUGGGCUGGGGGACCGCUGGUUCCUGCGAGUUGAGAACCACCAUGAUCAAAAUCCUUUGCGAGUGCUUCGCUACGUGGAAGCUUUCAAGGGCUCAGACAAGGAGGAUGGACAAGAGCAGCUUUCUGAGAAACAGCCCUCUGUUUCUGUGAUCGAAAGUGGGACCCCAGCCAGAGCCUCUCUGGCCCCUCCAACGCCUUCCCUAUCCCGGACCACAUCUCACAGCAGCAGCAGCCACCGGGGCUGGGAGAUCCUGCGUCGCAACACAUUAGGACACGUGAAUCUUGGGCUGGACCUUGGCGAGGGAGAUGGAGAGGAAAAUAUCUAUCAUUUAUGAUGAGGACCCCUGUUUCUAUAGGCCUGAAAAACAGGUGGGCCUAAAUGGAGGGAAGUAUCUGAUUGUUUUGCCUGUUAAUCAUGAGAGGGGAUAGGCAGAAUAAUUCUCAAAGGUCAUGUCUCAUCCUUCACAUCAGCAUUUCUGGAGAUGGGCAAUGGACGUCUGUUGUCCCACAUAUCUUCCGGUUUCCUGAAAGUCCCACAUCUUGAGAAAAGAAGGUGUCUCUUAGAGCAAAGUUGGAUUUAGCCAUCAAAGACAUGAACUAGGGAUGCUAGACUAACAUCUGGAUCAUCUUUCUUUCUGCCUCAUGCAGGCACUAAAAAGUAGUGAGCUGUGAAGCCUGCUUGGUUCCACAAGGCUUAAUGUGGGAAGAUCCAGGCAUGGCACUGAGUUUAUGGCCCUUCCCUUUUCCCCUGUAGGACUCUCUCUCACCCCACAACCAACCCCCAACUAGAAAACUGCAAUAAUAAAGGUUCUUUAUCCUUGCUUUAUUUUUCAGAAAUUUUAUUGUGGGAAGAUACACAUCACAUAAAUUUACUGUCUUAACCAUAUGUAGGUAUACAAUUCAGUGGCAUUAGGUACAUUUACACUGUUGCAUAAUGAUAACUACUAUUCAUCCACAGGAUGCUCUCAUCAUCUCAAACCAAAACUCUGGUACUCAUUAAACAUUAACUCCCCACUGUCCCCUCCACACAGUCCCUCAUAACCAAUAUUCCACUCCACGUCUAUGAAUUUGACUACUCUAGGUACCUCAUACAGGUGGAAUCAUUCAAUAUUAAUCCUAUUGUGUCUGGCUUAUUUCACUCAGCAUAAUAGUUUCAAGAUUCAUCUGUGUUGUAGCAGGCAUCAGAAUUUUAUUCCU